CGCUCGCCUCACGCGUGGUUUGCUGGUGCUUCGUCAAGGAAAAUUCUGCGAGUAACAGUGGUUGAAGAGAUACUAGAGAGUUCUUCCAUCUUCUGGUUCACUUCCCAGAAGCCUACAAUAACCAUGGCUGGGCCAAGAUGAAGUCAGGGGCCUGGAACUAUCUAUCCAGGUCUCCUAUGUGGAUGACAGGGACCCAGAUACUUGAGCCAACAUCUGCUGCCUGUCAAGGCAAAGGAAGAGGACGUGGGGACAGAAACAGAGAGAUCCCAUCUGCCUCUUUUGUUCUCAGAUGACAGCAAUGUUUGGGGACUAAGGUGCCAGUGACUAAUUGUGAUGAAUGAAUAAAGAUAUUUCUGGAAACAGGGCUGCAAUCAACAUUGAAAGGCCGGAGGCAAGAAUAUAGCCUUCAGGAUAAUUCCUUCAGCAGCACCGCUGUAACAGAGCCUGAGAGAAGAGGAGUGAUGUAUGCCCCAAUCUGCAGUCUGAAGAUGAGGCCUUGACUUUCCUGGCACAGGGAGUACUCUGGGGUUAGUGUGGUGGAGUGAAAAUAAUACUGGGCUUCAUAACUUUGGGUCUUAGAAUUCAAGUACUAAAGAUGAUUCUUACCCCUCAACAUCAUCAAGCUGAAUUGAGACAAUGUGUAAGAGCAGGUGUGGCGAAGACGCAGUCUCUGUACAUGAGGACCACACGGAUUGCUCUAGUCUCAGAGAUGAAAACAAUAAGGAGAAUUACCCAGACUCUGAGGCACGCGUAGAGGAGCACCUGCUGCCCCUGCACGAGGCACAGCAACAUAUAGGGCAGGCCCUGCUUCUGGACGGCGUUUUGCGAGACAACAUGGGCAACUUCAAGUCCCGGAAGCCCAAAUCCAUCCUGAAAGCCGAGAAUGGUAGGAGCCACGGAGAAAGUCAGGAGACGGAGCAUGUGGUGCCCAGCCAGUCAGAGUGUCAGGACAGAGCAGGAGUGCCAGCUCAUGCGAGUCCACAAAACAAUGCCUUCAGAUGCCAAGAAACAGUGCGACCUCAACCAAGAACAGACCAGAGGACUUCGGCCUGGACAAAGGAUGCUUUUGAGAUGCAGCAGGACCUAAAGGAAGAAGAAGCUGCUCAGGUGCAUGGAGUCAAGGAGCCAGCCCCAGUGCCCCCCCAGAGUGUGCCUGCUGCUGGGGCGGAUUCUGCAGCCCCUGUGCCAGUUCACAAAGAUGAACAGAAUGAAGCAGACAGUGCCCCAGAGGACCAGCAGUCCCUGGGGACCAGCAGGCUGCUCUGUCACAUCACAGACGGCGAUAACCCACUGCUGUCACCUCGCUGUUCCAUCUUCAGCCAAAGCCAGAGAUUCAACUUGGACCCUGAAUCGGCCCCCUCUCCACCCAGUACUCAGCAGUUCAUGAUGCCCCGCAGUUCUUCCCGGUGCAGCUGUGGUGAUAGCAAGGAGCCACAGACCAUUACCCAGCUCACCAAGCACAUCCAGAGCCUCAAGAGGAAAAUUCGGAAAUUCGAAGAAAAAUUUGAACAGGAAAAGAAAUACCGGCCUUCACAUGGUGACAAGACUUCUAAUCCUGAAGUCCUGAAAUGGAUGAAUGAUUUGGCUAAGGGUCGCAAACAGCUCAAAGAAUUAAAGCUGAAGCUGUCAGAACAAGGGAGUACUCCCAAAAGUCCACCAAGAAAUCGGUUUUGUGAGCAACCUACAGUACCCAGAGAGCCUGGGAGGCCAGAAGCUGCAGGCCCUGAGCCAAGCUCCUCUGGGGAGGAGACCUCUGAUGCCAUGUUGACAUGUCUGAAGGAGAAGAGACACCAGCUCCCCCUCCAGGAAGAGUCUAAGGUAGCCAAGCAAGAUAAGAACCUCAUAAAACCUCUUUAUGACCGAUACAGAAUUAUCAAGCAAAUCUUGUCAACGCCCUCCCUUAUUCCAACAAUUCAGGAGGAAGAGGACUCUGAUGAGGACUGUCUACAGGGAAGCCAACAGCUUGCUUUGCCAGAUCCAGUAUCUUGCCUUCCUAUUGGUGACCAUGUCACCUACUCAAACGAGACUGAACCUGUUAGGACCCUGCUACCAGACGAAAAGAAAGAAAUCAAACAGCCAGCUCUCUCCAUGUCCAAUUUACAUGAGGCUACAAUGCCUGUACUUCUUGACCAUCUUCGAGAAACGAGGGCUGACAAGAAGAGACUGCGCAAAGCUUUAAGAGAUUUUGAAGAACAGUUUUUUAAACAAACGGGAAGAAGUCCACAGAAGGAAGACAGGAUUCCAAUGGCAGAUGAGUACUAUGAAUACAAGCACAUAAAAGCCAAACUGAGGUUAUUAGAGGUCCUUAUCAGCAAGCAAGAUGUGGCCAAAACGAUCUGAGGUUCAGGAAAUGUUUAUGGACACUUCCACUUGAGAUAAAGUCAGGCUUAUUUUCCUUGUUGCCAGCAGCUUUGACAUAAUGCAAAUGGAAACACAUUAGUGAUAAAUUAUGUGUUUCUAAAAUAACAACAAAUAAAAUCGUCUAUGAGGAGGGAUUUAAAAGAGGGGAAAGAGCAAUAUGUAACUGUGUAACUGGGAGAAGUUCAGCCUCCUCUAUGCCAAGGAGAAACUCACUGUCAAUAUAAUGACUGCAAAAUAAUCUAAAUACAUAGCCAGGCUGCCUGUUAGAAAAAGCUUAUCUAGCAUCCAAAGAUUACUUACAUUGAAAAAUGGAGAAAAAGUAUGAAAAAAAAAAUCUGCUUUUUAUCUGGGAAGAAAUUCAGCUAGCAAGUAAGUGAUUUAUUUAAAAUUUCUAACAGAU